CUCUCCGUACAGUUCGCCCACUUCGACAACCGACAUCGAGAAUGACAUCGCAUCCCAAUGAACUGACUGCCUGGAAUGUCUAUGCGAAUCAGCUCUUGAUGCUUGGUCACGGCUAUCCCCUAUGGGACCCUCGCCCUAUCAACUGCAGACCUGGGGUGCAGAUUGGUGAUGUCGGAUACAUCAGUAAUGGCGCUUUCAUUCGUCUGUUCAAUGCUAUGGCGAGCGAGGACGAUGCCCUGAAUGCUCAGCGUGGUGUGCCCAACAAUCACAACCCAUUCACCAUGGGGAACAGAGCUGCGGUGAUGGAUGUACCGGAUGCGAUCGUGGCGGGCACACUAUGCAGCAAAACUAUUCGGCAGCUGGGUGGGAAGAUCGAGGGUCAAGUACUGAACUCGGGGGCGUCGGUUGCCUUCGAGUGUACUGAUGAACAAGGUGCCGUAUUGGUCUUGACGGAUGCGGCUCAUAGGCAACAGUUGCCUAGUCGGAGGAUGAUGAACUAUCUGAAGCAAAACAUUAGAGAAUGGUAUACCUUCGCGACCUCAGACGAGGUCGACUUGCCUUUGCAGAAAGAAGACAUCGUAUUUGUCUUCGGUUUCGUCAAGACUACACAGUGGGCAGUAGCAUCCUAUGUCGAGGGUGGCAGGUCGGCAAGAUUCUCAUUCAACGGUGGAUACGGAUCCGCACAAGCCAGCAUUUCCGCCUUCGCGACCGUCGGAAAUUCAAGAGCACCAGCACAUAACUGGGGCCCGAAGCAUCAAGCGGGGCCCCCGCUCCCGCCGCAGCCCGGCCCGAGCUCUAGGAGAAGGGCACGUUCUGGGAGGCAUAAUGAGCCUGUGGCAGGGCCGAGCGCAGAUACCCAGGGCUCGGAGGCGGAUCAGUGUGUUUUCCUGCAAUAUUACAAGAUGAAAUACAGGUUGGGCCUUUGGCCGACUGUGAUGAGAGGCGCAGCAGGAUACGAUGAAUUACCACGAGGCCCAGACGAUCCUUCCACAGGAGGGCCGGCAGGAACUCAUGAUGACGUCUCCAUGAUGGACGAUGAGUUCGUCGAGCAGCUACCUGGGCAUAAGACGUAUGAUCCGGCUGACGACAUUCUUGACUAUAUCCUGAAGACACCAGAUGCAACCAUGGCCGUUGCCACCGACUCUGACAUUGUCCGGUUAUGUAGAAAACACAACUGUGACAUACCGAAUGACAUACCUGCGUUCCUUGACAACGUCCGCCCUAUUGUCGAUAUUAACGAAGACGGACUCGGCAUACUGUACUUCGAGGAUGAAGCGGUGCCCGCGGUCGAUCCAGGCGAACUACAAAAGGCUGAAGAACCGACGACUGAGCCAAUGCGCCAUGAAGCUCAACCUGAGGACGAUACUCCACAUGCUCCAGGAGACGACGAUUUCUUAGACUACCCUGAAGAACCGGAAUCACGCAAGCAGGAUGCUACUGCCGUGCUUGAUCAUCAAGCAGGCGGCAUAACCGCCCUUGCAUAUUCCAAUGACGGCCGUCUCCUUGCAAGUGGAUCGGACGACGCCUUCAUCGAAAUCUGGAACGUCAACACCCAACAGCGUAUCCGUACAUGCGAAGGGCACACACAGUCAAUCUCAUCGCUGGCGUUCUCGCCGGACGGUAGAGAGUUGGUCUCUGGAUCAGAUGACGGGCUCGCCAUAGUCUGGUCAACCCGCACUGGCGAGAGGCGAUUCGACUUGGCCGAUCAUGCGAACGAUAUCUACUUCGUCGCAUACUCGCCAGACGGCACUAUCAUCGCUACUUCAUCGGUUGACUGCACGAUCAGACUCUGGAAUGCACGCACCGGUCAGCGAAUGGCCGUGCUCGAGGGGCAUGGCGCACUCGUCAUGCUGGUCUCCUUCUCUUCCGACGGACGACUCCUUGCGUCCGCGAGUGCUGACUUCACGGCGUGCGUAUGGCAUGUGCGCACGGGCCAAGAAGUGUCGAAACUGAGGGGACACACUGGUGUUGUCUACUCGCUGGCGUUCGCCCCAGACAACCGUCGUCUUGUCACCGCGGCCGAGGAUGGCACGGCGCGCAUCUGGAAGGCAGACACCGGAGAAGAGCUUGUCACCCUGCGCGAGCAUUCAGGCCCCGUCUGGGCCGCUGUAUUCUCGGAUGACGGACAGAAAGUGAUCAGUGGGGCCAGCGACGGAACGGUGAAAGUCUGCGACUCAUUUGGCGGAGAGCUUCUCCUGUCGCUAGAGACCGGAGAUAUGUUGGUCAACGCGGUCGCGUUCUCAUCCGACGGCAGUCGCGUCUGCGCCAGCGCGGAGGACAAUUCGAUACGCGUCUGGAGUACCAUGUCAGGGCAGCAACUCACCACGCUGACUGGGCAUGAGGACAAGAUCACUCACUUGAAGUUCUCGCCGGACGGCAAGCGCAUUGUUUCAUCGUCUGACGAUGGCAUGCUACGGCUGUGGGACUUGGAGCGCAUGGGCGUGCAACCAGGGAUAGCCGUUUGAACUGUAGUGCGGAGCCACGACUGUUGAGGUGAACGAUUGUACAUAGUCACGUCUGGUGUGCGUCUUUUACUGGCCAGUUAUUGUGUACGUAUGUACUUGAAACUUCUUCAGUAGAGCAAACAUUACCCUGCCAUAGCAAGAGUACGCACAGAGUUGUCGUCGCUUGGUUGGACAUUUUUAUAUUAUACUUCCUCUAUAGCCGGUGGUAGAAAGUGAACGCCAAGUUCGAUUUACUUGCCAAUGAUCAUGCAGCCACUUUCCCAC